CGAUGUCUGGCCUGGCGCGUCCGCCGCCGCGUCCGCCGCCUCUGCUGUGGCGGCGCAGGCCUGCGCUGUCUCGCCGCCUCGUCUCCGUCGCCCGGCGCACCGCUGCCACCACCUCCUCCUCCUCCUCCGCCGCCGCCACCACCGCUACCACCACCGCCUCCUCCUCCUCGUCGGCCGCCGGUCCCUCGCAGCUCCACCGCCAGAUGCUGCGCCUCGUCGAGCUGACGCAGCCGACGGCGAGGCAGGCAAAGGAGCGCGAGCUGGCGGCGUGGUGGACGGCAAAGGCGGUGCGCGAGGCGGCCCCCGGCGCGACGGUGCACAUCUUCGGCUCCACCGCCACCGGCUGCCAGCUGCCUGGCUCGGACCUCGACCUGGUGGCCAUCAGGGCGCCGAGCCGGCGGAAGAAGGGCGUUGCGCCGGAGUCUGCUGCGGAGCUGGCGCCGCACAGCCGGGCCUUUGAGCAGCUGCGCAAGAUCCAGAGGCGGGUCCGCGCGUCGGGCGUGGCGGACCAGCGCGACCCGCUGGUCGUCAUCCGCGCAAAGGUGCCUCUCCUCCGCUUCAGCGAGAAGCGGUCUCUGCUCUCGGUGGACCUCUCGUGGAACGCGACCGACGGCCUGCGCAACUCACAGGCGAUCCGCUGCGCCAUGGAAGCGCGGCCGGAGCUGAGGCCGCUCAUGCUCUGCGUCAAGGCGCUGCUGCGACAGCGCGGCCUCAACACGACGGUCGAGGGCGGGAUCGGCUCCUACCUCCUCUUCGCCAUGGUGCUCGAGCAUUUCGAGCCGCGUGCGCGGCUGGAGGCGGUGCGGAGGGAGGCGAAGAGCAAGGAGGAGCAGGCGUCGCUGCGCGUCGUCCGCGCCGUAGAGGCGGGAGGAGAGGCGGCGAUCCAAUGCCUCCUCGGCGCGAGCGACGAGGGAGGAGGAGGAGGAGACGCCACCGCGGAGUGCCGCGACUUGGGCGCGCUGCUGGUCGGCUUUCUCGAGCGGCACCGGUCCGAGGCGGGGCCGCUCUGCAUGGCCGACCCGAUGGCGCCCGAGGCGUGGCGGGUGGAGGAGGUGCGGCGCGCCUUCGGUGCGGCGGCCGACUCGCUGCAGCUGCAGCCGUGCCUGUCCGGCGUGCUGCUGGGCUGGCCGCGCGGCGGCAUGAUCGACGGGCGAGUGAUUUGCCUCGGGCCCCGUCGAGUGGUCGUGCCAGGGGGGGGAGUCGGCGACGUUGUCCCGUAG